AGAAACCCGUCGGACAUCGAGAAGUUGCUGCGAUUUGCAGAAGUAGUUCGCUUUCGCUAUGCUGAAAUUACGUUAAGCACAGGUUGAUUUUGUGGUUGAACGAUAAUGACGAUGCUACACCAACAGUUUGCAUCCCGUUAGCUUCUAAUAGCCGACGGUAAAGCACCGAUGCACCCCUACCGGAGGGCAAUACAUCUCAUCAAUACCACUCAUCAACGGCCAUAGGUGGAGACAUUGCACCCGGAUUAUGUUACACCCAGCGUACGGCGUACAGCGUACAACUACAGCCGUUUGUUGGACCGCCCAGUAAAAAGGGCUCACACUUCAAUGCUGUUUAGUUUGGUGCCAACACUCGUGGUGGCGAAUCAAAGGAACCGUAACCGUUUCGUAGCGUCCGUGGCAGUUGCUACGGAUACGAAGCUAAACUCACACGUGCAUCACACGAUACGGAACGGGUAGUGAAGUAAAAACAAUUAAAUUACAUUUGUAUUAAAUAUGAUAAAAGUGCCAGUAAAAAUCAGCUUUGUGUGUGGUUGAGAGCUUAACGUGCAGUUAAAAUGCCCACCCAAAUGAAGUUAUUGUGAUUGCCUGCUUAAUUGUUCAAGUGGUGGUACAAGCUGAUUCGACUCAUUAAGAUCUAUUGCCAUCAUUAAAUUUGCGGCAUUGCGCGUUGCAUUGCACACGACGGCAAAAGCAUUCCACGAAAGGCUAUGAAAAAGCUUUCACAUUCAGGUGGCAGUGUGAUCAUGUGUGUGCUGAGUUCGGUUCGUUUGCUGAUAAAAAGCAAUUAAUUUGUAGCUAAUUAAGUGGGCCAAAUAUUGGCACAGUGUGUGACCAAAAAACACAAACACUUGAAAGGGAGAAGCGAGAAAAGAGGAACAAUUCUGUUGUUUGUUAGCUGAAUAUAUGAAAAAGGUAUUCACCAUGAUACACCAUCAACCGACGAAGUACCAUCAUGCGAACCCACUAACCCACUUCCUCAACCUGCACACGUCACACGCCACAGCGGCAGCCGCCGCCGCUCUGGCGCUGGCAACCGAUGGUUUGGGCCACAGCCAUGCUCACCAUGGCCACCAGCAGCUUCAAACUUUGGCGGGAGCGGUUGGCCAUCAGCAGCAGCAGCAACAGUUACAUGCAGCCGUUAGUCCAUCGGCAUCGCAUCAGCCAGCGUAUCACGCAGGUCCUUCGGCGAACCUUCGACCAGUAGAACGGUCCCACAGCUCUCUCGGCCAUUACGCUCGAUCGUCCCAGGGAUCUCGAACGGAUGAGGAAGACGAGGAGCAGGAUGAUAGUAGUAAUGAUAAGAGCUUUGCUGGCGCACUGGGUGGCCGGGAGCUGAAGAACGAAGCGUUUGAUUCGGCGGUCGAGCCGUGCCAAGCGGACGGUAGUGAAUCGGAGAACAAUAUCGAUAUCGAUGUGGAUGAUCCGGAUUCCGCAGAAAGGCCGGGGAGAUCCUCUCGUUGUGGGGAAACCGUGCGUAACGAGAUGGACAGUGCAAAUGGGAAAGAGUCGUUAAAAAAGACAUCUUCUGCUAGCGAACAGGAAGAUAACGAUGAUGAAGAAAUCGAAAUCGAUAGUAAAAAACCACACAACGGCUCCCAGCAAGACGAUCAAAGUGACCGUCGACUAGGUGCGGGUGCGAGCCCGUGCAACGAUACGACCACGGCCGUGCUCGACACGGACGGUUUCGUGGGAAAAUCGUUUACGAUAGCGGCCAUCCUGGGGCUGCGGAAGCAGCAGGAUGAGGCGGCCGCGGCUGCCGCAGCCGUUGCCAGCGAGUACAGCGAGGGAGCGAUGAAUCUUUCCACCGGGGCGGGCUUCCAGCAGCAACAGCGGGUUGCAGCGGCAGCGGUAGCCGCCGCAGCGAUGGGACGUUUGCCACUCGUCAUGGCGGCCGCUGCCGUCGGUAUGGAAAAACGGGACCGUGCCGACAGUGUGGACAGUGUGGAUACGUGCGGUGGAUCCCUGGGAUAUGGCCCACAGCAGCAGCAACAGCAGCAGCCGGCGGGUGGCUCACUGAGUGCGCUCCAGAACCUGCAUCAGCUACCCGGGCUACAUGGUGCUGUUGGUGGGAGCUUUUCCGCUUUUCAUCCCUCCGGUGGGAGUGGGUCGGCGAGUGCACAUCAGCAACAGCACCUGCAUCAUCCACACCAACACCAUCCGCAUCAUCAUCAUCCUCAUCAGCAUCAUCAUCAGCAUCAUCAUCCUCAUCAUGCUCUGCAUCAUCAGGUCAGUCCACACUUUGCUGGAAACCCUUUCCACCAUCACCAGGGACAGCAGCAGCAGCAGCAGCAACAACAACAGUCCCAACAACAAAUGCAACAACAACCAUCGCAACAACAUCAACAUUUGCCACAGCAUGCAGUAGCACAUCAGCAGCAGCUUGCGGCCGGACAUCAUAUGGCACUGGGACCACAUCAUCACGGACAGAAUCAUAAUAGGGAAAAGUUUAAAGACCUGAGCAAGAAAUCUGCCAUGUCCUCGUCGGCUGCAUCGCUAAAAAGUAAACGAGUGCGCACCAUCUUUACUCCCGAGCAGUUGGAGCGUCUCGAGGCAGAAUUCGAGCGACAGCAGUAUAUGGUCGGACCGGAACGCCUGUACUUAGCUCACACGCUUCAGCUAACGGAAGCACAGGUUAAAGUGUGGUUCCAGAACCGGCGAAUCAAAUGGCGCAAGCAUCAUCUGGAAAUAACGCAGCAACGGCUAGCGCUGAUCCGACAGCGACAGAUAGCGAACGGAGUCCCCAUUCCUGCCGGCGAAGUGCAACCACAUCACAUUCAACAGCAGCAACAGCAGCAGCAGCAAAACGGCAUGAGCGGGGGCCGUAUAAUGAAUGCCAUGGAUUCCCCCGAGCUGACGAUAUGCACCGACUCGAUGGACGCACGGAGCAUCAGCGAUGGGGACGAUUAGAGCGGGCGGUGCGAGAGUUUGCGAGAUAGAGGAGAAGCAUCGUAGUAAGCGCAGGCACCGGAAGAGCCCCGACCGAAGCUGGAUGCGUCCGAGAUCGGGCUGAGGGAAAUGUCGGCGAACCGUAGCCGCUCGAUGCUAUCGGUCAACCUAGAGGCGGCCGCCAUGGCCAACGAUCCGCUGCGCGAGCUGUUCGAGGCGUGCAAGACGGGCGAUCUGGCGAAGGUGAAGAAGCUGAUCACGCCGCAAACGGUGAAUGCGCGCGAUACGGCCGGAAGGAAGUCGACCCCGUUGCACUUUGCUGCCGGUUACGGCCGACGGGACGUGGUCGAGUUUUUGCUGGCAAACGGUGCUUCCAUACAGGCGCGGGAUGACGGUGGACUGCACCCACUCCACAAUGCCUGCUCGUUCGGGCAUGCGGAUGUCGUGCGUCUGCUGCUCGAAGCCGGUGCCAAUCCGAACACGCGCGACAACUGGAACUACACGCCGCUGCACGAGGCGGCCAGCAAGGGCAAGAUCGACGUUUGCAUCGCCCUGCUGCAGCACGGUGCCGAUCCGAGCAUUCGCAACUCGGAGAACAAGAUACCGCUCGAUCUGGCCGACCCGUGCACACGCCCCGUGCUGACCGGGGAGUACCGCAAGGACGAGCUGCUUGAGGCGGCACGCUCCGGUUCCGAGGAGCGCCUGCUGGAGCUGCUGACACCGCUGAACGUCAACUGCCACGCCAGCGAUGGGCGCAAAUCGACGCCGCUGCACCUGGCGGCCGGGUACAACCGGAUCCGGGUGGUGCAGAUCCUGCUGCAGCACGGUGCGGACGUCCAUGCGAAAGACAAGGGCGGGCUGGUGCCGCUACACAACGCCUGUUCCUACGGCCACUUCGAGGUGACCGAGCUGCUGAUCAAGCACGGUGGCAACGUGAAUGCGAACGACCUGUGGGCGUUUACGCCGCUGCACGAGGCCGCCUCCAAGAGCCGGGUCGAGGUGUGCAGCCUGCUACUGAGCGAGGGGGCCGAUCCGACGCUGCUAAACUGCCAUAACAAGUCGGCGAUCGAUUCCGCCCCGACCCGGGAGCUGCAGGAGAAGAUUGCCUACGAGUAUAAGGGCCACUGCGUGCUGGACGCAUGCCGGCAGGCGGACAUACAGCGGCUGAAGAAAAACCUCACGACCGAAACGGUCAACUUUGUGCAUCCGUACUCGGGCGACACGCCGGUGCACGCGGUCGCCCAGUCCGUCUACCCGAAGCGCAAACAGGUGCUGGAGGUGCUGAUACGCAAGGGCGCGCUGCUGAACGAGAAGAACAAAGACUUCCUGACGCCGCUCCACAUCGCGGCGGACAACUCGCACUACGAGCUGAUGGACGUGCUGCUGCGGCACGGUGCCAAGGUGGAUGCGCUCGACGGGCUCGGCCAGACGGCGCUGCACCGGUGCGCCCGGGAGGACAACAUCCAGGCCUGCCGGCUGCUGCUGUCGUACGGCAUCGACAUCAGCAUCGUGUCGCUGCAGGGCUACACCGCGGCCCAGCUCGCGACGGAGAACGUGCUGAAGAUACUGCAGGAUCCACCGUCCGACACGGUCGAUCUCGAGUGUCAGCUGCUGGAGGCGGCCAAGGCGGGCGACCUCGACACGGUGCGGCGCAUCGUGCUGUCCUCGCCGAUGACGGUCAAUUGCCGCGAUCUGGACGGGCGCCACUCGACGCCGCUACACUUUGCGGCCGGGUACAAUCGCGUGCCGGUGGUUGAGUUUCUGCUCGAGCACGGUGCGGAGGUGCACGCGUCGGAUAAGGGCGGGCUGGUGCCGCUGCACAACGCGUGCUCGUACGGCCACUACGAGGUGACGGAGCUGCUGGUCAAGCACGGUGCCAACGUGAACGUGGCGGAUCUGUGGAAGUUUACGCCACUGCACGAAGCGGCCGCCAAGGGCAAGUACGAAAUUGUCAAGCUCCUGAUCAAGCACGGAGCUGACGUGACAAAGAAGAAUCGUGACGGCGCUACGCCGCUCGAUCUCGUCCGGGAGGGUGAUCAGGAUGUGGCCGAUCUGCUGCGAGGCAAUGCAGCUCUACUCGAUGCCGCCAAGAAGGGCAAUUUGGCGCGUGUACAGCGACUCGUCUCGGCCGACAACAUCAAUUGUCGGGAUGCACAAGGGCGCAACUCAACACCGCUGCAUCUGGCUGCUGGAUACAACAACCUGGAGGUGGCGGAGUAUCUCCUCGAACACGGUGCCGAUGUGAACGCGCAAGACAAGGGCGGCCUGAUACCGCUGCACAACGCGUCCUCCUACGGGCAUCUGGACAUUGCCGCACUGCUCAUCAAACACAACACGGUGGUAAACGCGACGGACAAAUGGGGCUACACGCCGCUGCACGAAGCGGCCCAGAAGGGGCGCACGCAGCUGUGUUCACUACUCCUCGCCCACGGAGCCGAUCCGUUCAUGAAGAACCAGGAGGGACAGACCAGCCUCGAUCUCGCCACGGCUGAGGAUGUCAAGUGUUUGCUGCAGGACGCGAUGGUCGCCUCCCAGGGCACGGUGGCCGGUGGCACUGCUGCUGGGGCUGGUGCUGGCACCUCGCAGGCAGGCAUCCUGUCGGCCAACGGCACCCUCUUGGCAACGAGCUGCUCGCCAACCACCGAAACAGUGACGCUGCCGACGGGCGCCUCCAUGACACUGUCCGUCCCGGUGCCACAGCUCCCGGUUCGUAGCUGUCUCAGCCCGGCGCAGGGCGCUGAAGCGAACGUGGACGGCAUUGUGGUGGACCACGAUGAUAAGAUGCCGUCCGUACCGUCGAUUGAGUCGUCCGUUUCGGUGUUCCUUACCAGCCUGCAGUUGGAGCAUCUGAUAGAUCUGUUCGAGCGCGAACAGAUCACGAUGGAUAUAUUGGCCGAGAUGGGGCACGAAGACCUGAAGCAGGUCGGCGUUUCGGCGUACGGCUUCCGGCACAAGAUACUCAAAGGCAUUGCGACGCUGCGCGCCACUACAGGACUUGGCCUUACACCGAACCCGGGCACACUGCUGGUGGAUCUUCUUCCCGACGACAAGGAGUUCCUUGCGGUCGAGGAGGAAAUGCAGGCCACCAUUCGGGAGCACCGCGACAACGGCCAUUCUGGUGGCUAUUUCAAUCGUUACAACAUUGUUCGGAUACAAAAGGUGCAGAAUCGGAAGCUUUGGGAGCGGUACGUGCACCGGCGGCAGGAAAUAUCGGAAGAGAACGGUCACCAGGCGAGCGAGCGGAUGCUGUUCCACGGCUCACCGUUCAUCAACGCGAUCGUGCAGAAGGGCUUCGACGAGCGGCACGCGUACAUCGGCGGAAUGUUCGGGGCCGGUAUCUAUUUCGCGGAGCACAGCUCCAAAUCGAACCAGUACGUGUACGGUAUCGGUGGCGGUAUCGGGUGUCCCACGCACAAAGACAAAUCCUGCUAUCAGUGCCAUCGGCAGUUGCUGUUGUGCCGUGUGGCGCUUGGAAAAUCGUUCCUACAGUUUAGCGCGAUGAAAAUGGCCCACGCACCGCCGGGACAUCAUUCCGUGAUCGGGCGACCCUCGGCCGGUGGUUUGCAUUUUCCCGAGUAUGUCGUUUACCGCGGAGAACAGGCAUAUCCGGAGUAUUUGAUAACGUACCAGAUUGCAAAACCGGACGACGGUGCGAACGGCGAAGAGCCGGCAAGAUGAUGGACGAUCUCUGCCGCUAGUAACAUCAGCCAAAAC